CCCGUCGCUGUCGCGCCGAGAUGAUGUCACAGCGCGCGACGCUCCCCCCACCGUCAGAACGGGCCGCGCGGCCGGGGCGGGGGGGCGAAGCCGGGCCCCGCGGGUGACCCUCCAUUUCCCAUCAGGCAUCGCGGUGCACGCGCCUGACCCCCGGAGCCGGGGCCGCCGCUGCGGGGCGGGGCGCGGCAAGGUCUCCCCGGGGCGGGCUGCCCGGAGCGCGGGGCGGGCCCGUCCAGUCAGGGCCGCGGCUCUCCCGCCCCGCCCGGGCUGGUCCCAGGAAGAGCCUCGGGCCGGUCGGGCCGCCCUGACGCCUGCCGGGCCCAUCCCGGGCGGAGCCGCGCCUCCCGGGCCCCCGGGCCGGGGUCCCCUGCAGAGCCCGCGGGGCGGCGGGCCCGUGGCCUGCCCGGGAGGCGGUGGCCGCUCCCGCUGCCCGGGCCGCUGGCGCCCACCGAAAAGGAAGGAAAAAUCCUGGCAGGGGAUCCUAGGGGGCUGGAGCCCACCGCGAUGAGAAUUCCCACGGUAAAUCUCCUGUCAAGGAAGAGCCUGAGGAAUUGUGAUCAGAGGAACUACCCAGAGCACCAGACAAAUCAGGGCCCUGAGCUGAGAAAAACCAAGCCUCCGCCAGUUCACAUUAUUUCAGCUGUCCUCAGCACAGACACCCCUGAAGCACCCGAGGAUUACUUGAAAGGCUUUGAGAGGCUUGGCUCUGCAGAGCGAGAGAGAGGGAAAUCAAUGACAGAGUAGACACGGGAUGGAAAGUUACAGGGACACAAAUUUCUCUGGUUAUGUCGAGCGUGUUUCCAAAAUCUAACCCGUUGCCUGGCGCAAUGGCAGAGCUUGUGUUAAGAAGACAAUCUAGGAGUAUUGUACCUUUAGCCAUGGCGCACAAAGAAGAAGAUGCUUUACAAAGUGAUUGACAAGUGGGGGCGGUGGAUGACAUCCCCGCUGAGUUCCUUAUUGGGAAUUAUUGUUUGAUGUGACUAAGGGUGUGGAUGUGGUCACUUGCAGCCAAAGUGCAUCUUUGUGCUGAGAUCCCAGGGAGAAGGGGGGAAAUCCCAGAAGCUACUCAGAGCGACAGAGAAAGUCUCUUUGACACCCCGGCAGUGGAAAGAAGCAGCGUGUCUCCAGCAGCAAAGGGAGGUGGGGAGAUGAACUCCUGCAGCGCAGCAGAAGGCAGCCUGCCCCGUGCCCUCAGAGACAAAGGGGUGGAAGAGGUGCCUGCCACUGAACAAGCUGUUCCAGUUGUUCACAGCCAGAGUUUUGCAGUUGAGGAAAGCAUAGCCCUGGCCCAAGAGAGCACCAGGGAUGGUGGCUUAGAGGGGGCCCCAGGAAAGGAAAACAGGGAAAGGCCUUUUAAAGAAGACGGAAAAUUGUCUAGGAAAGCUCCAGUGGGAGAGAACCAAAGCCCUGACCAACCCUCUCAGCAAGUUCUCCGUGCAGAUGCCUUAGCACAGCAAGCCUGGAGCCCACUCAGCUGCACACUGCUUUUGUGAACAUUGCAAACACCUCGCACAUUAUCCUGCAGUAUGUGCAGAGCCUAGCUAGGAGCUGCCACCACGAGGAAGAUUGUGACGAGGACACGGACACAGAUAUUCCUGAAAGCACGGGAUGUGACAAUUGGCAUAUCAUGGUGGCAUUGGGGCAUGUUGAUACAGUGGAACGGCGAUUCUGGGCCUAGCAAACAAGCACAGACUGGUGGGACCACAUAGUGUUGCAGUUAUAAGGAAAAUGAAGGUUUCCUCCUUCCCUCAUGGCCCUGUAAUGAGCUCCUCUCUGCCUGGUUACAUCAUGUUCUUCAUUAUUCUGUCCGGUCACAAAGUGGACUCAGCUCAAUUUAAAGUGAUUGGACCUGACCACCCUGUCAUGGCCACUGCAGGUGAGGACAUUGUGUUACCCUGUCACCUCAGCCCCAGGGUAAGUGCUGAGAGCAUGGAGGUGAGGUGGUACCGGUCCCAGUUCUACGCACUCGUGCACCUUUAUCGCGACGGGGACACUCAGAACGAAAGGCAGAUGCCGGAAUAUCAGGGAAGGACGGAAUUUCUGAGAGGCGACAUUGCGAAUGGAAGCGUUGCCUUGCGAAUACGCCACGUCAGACCCUCUGACGAAGGACAGUACAGGUGCUUUUUUCGAUCAAGUGUUUUUCAUGAAGAAUCCCUGUUGGAACUGAAAGUAGCAGGUCUGGGCUCUGCUCCUCUCAUCUCUGUUGAGGGUUAUCAGGAUGGAGGGAUUCAAAUGGUGUGUCGAUCAGCUGGGUGGUACCCAGAGCCCGAGGUGCAGUGGAGAGAUCCCAGUGGACAGGCUUUAACAUCACUGUCAGAAACAAAACCCCGAGGGGCUAACGGCCUGUUUGAGACACAGAGUUCUAUCAUUAUAACAGAGACUUCUAACCAGAGCCUGUCCUGUCAUAUCAGGAACGCCCUCCUCAACCAAGAAAAGGAGUCGACAGUUUAUAUAGCAGAACCUUUUUUUCCAAGGGUGUCUCCCUGGAUGGUGGCUCUGUACGUGUUCCUGGUUAUCUCCUUUGCUUUGUUAGGCGUUGCUGCUUUUCUCUUCACAUUAAGAGGAAACCUUCAUGCAAAAAUUGGGAAGAUCCAGGCUGAAAAACGGAAACUUCUUGAAAAUAUCAGUGAUCUUCAAGAAGAAAUUAGGAGAUUGCAGGCAGAAAUCGGGAAACACCUUGAAAAUAUCAGUGAACUCCAUGAAGAAAUUAGGGCACAUCUUGAAAAUAUUAGUGAACUGAAUGAAAAAAUUAGUGGACUGCAAAGGGAACUUGAAUGGAGAAAAGCCCUAGUUUGUCCAACGAAUGUGACCAUGGAUCCAAACACGGCAAACGCCCAGCUCGUUGUGUCUGAGGAUCGGAAAAGCGUGAGGCGUGGAAUUGCACGGCAGGAGGUGCCGGACAAUCCAGAGAGAUUCCAUUCUUUCUGUUUGCUGGGCUGCGAGAGGUUCACCUUGGGGAAACAUUACUGGGAGGUGGAGGUGGGAGAUGGGGGAUUUUGGGCUGUGGGUGUCGCCAGAGAGUCUAUGAGGAGGAAGGGAGGGAUCAGAUUUAACCCUGAGCAGGGGAUCUGGGCUGUGGAGCGGUGUGGGGAUCAGUACCGGGCUCUCACCUCCCCUGAGACUCCCAUGCCCCUGAAUGAGAGGCCUAAGAAGAUUGGGGUUUAUCUGGACUAUGAAGCGGAGUGCGUGGCAUUUUAUGAUACUGGUAAUGAGACCCUGAUCUUUACUUUCAUGUCAGCGUCUUUCACUGGGGAGACAAUCCUUCCCUUCUUCUGGGUGGGCAUUGGCGUCCUGCUCAAAAUCUGCCCCUGAGGCCUGGAGAUGGGGAGGUGGAGUCAGGGGUAGCAAUAUCCCACUGGGGUUCACUCUGGUUGUGGACCAGAAGUGGACUGAACUAGUCAUUGUCCCAGGGACAGCUCAGAUGGGUUGCAACUCUAUGGCUCUAUGACACUGCUAUGGCUCUAGAGAGGGGCAUGGGGGAGACAGAGGAGAUGGGGGGUUGAAGGGAGCAUAGGCACCGACUCUGUGGGUGCUGCAGGGCUGGAGCACCCAUGGGGAAAAAUUAGUGAGUGCUCUGCAUCCACCAGCAGCCAAGCUCCCAUCCCCGCCCCCCCAUCUCCUCCUCCUCCCCCUCCCCUGAGGGCGCCGUGUUCCCACUCCUCCGCCUGCCUCCCAGCGCUUGCCACCGCCAAACAGCUGUAACCGGCUCCGGGAGGGAGGGGAAGGAGUGGGAACGUGGUGCACUCAGGGGAGGAGGCGGAGCCGGGGCAGGGAUUUGGGGAAGGGGUUGGA